AUGAGGAGAACUUUCAGUUACAGUUUAAGUUCUUCUUCCGCUAGCAUCCGCAGUGGAUGUCGAGAAGCUGAUGGAGAGUACGGCAUUCCGGCGAGUCUAUGUUACUGUCGUGGACGAGUCGUUGUCCAGACUUCUCGGACUGAUCUAAACGCGGGAAGGAGGUUCUUCACUUGCAAGAACAGUGAGAAAGGAGGUGUUCACGUUUGGAAAUGGUGGGAUGAUGCCGUUAUGGAGGGAUUCAAAAUCGUCAAACGCCUAGUGGAGUAUGAAGCAAAGCUGAAGGAGUUGGAGUUGGAGUUGCUUGCCAACCGAGGUGUGAAGGAGUGGAUGCUCAAGUUUGUGAUUGGUGGUGGAUUUAUUGGGUUUGCAGUCAUAUCCACUGCAAUUCUCCGUCUCUUUACGUAA